ACGAUGCAGCUGACCGCAGAUCACAGCCAUUGUUAUGCUACAUCCGUAACAAUGGCACUCGUUACAAUACAUGUCAACGAUACUGGGGCGCGAAACACGCGUCAGCCACACGGGUAACAAUAACAUAGGACAAAAAUGUCUUCUGUUUUGACAUGGCGCCGAAAAUGAAAGUUUAGGCUCUAGGCUUUUAUUUUAAAUUACCUGCCCCGAAAGGGCUACAGAAUGGAAAAUUCAAGGGUCUUGUACGAUUUUACAGACGAGCACGGUUCGAGCCUGGCUCUUCGCGAGAUGAACGUUUUUCGAAUGGAGAACUGUUUCUGCGAUGUGGUUCUAUCAACAGAAGAAGGAGAGGAGUUCAAUGCUCACCGGCUCGUUUUGGCCUCUGUGAGCGCUUACUUUCGAGCAAUGUUUUUGACAGACAUGAAAGAAAGCCACGAAACAAACAUCACAAUCAGAGGAGUGGAAUCACAGGCUUUAAAAACCUUAAUUGAUUUUGCCUAUACUUCGACAUUAAGAAUCACUUUCUCUAACGUUCAUUCCUUGCUUUCAGCGGCAAGCCUACUUCAGUUUCUAACAGUGGAAAACGCUUGUUACGAUUUUCUCAGGAAUAGUAUCAACACCAACAAUUGCCUCGAUAUUUGGAACUUGGCCGAUCUGCACGGCUGCACAGAACUUCUGGAUCUAGCAGAGACCUUUAUUCGCUCCAACUUUGUGGCAGUUCUCAAACUGGGGGAUUUCAAUUCUCUAACGGUAAAACAAAUUGUGAAAUUGUUUUGUCACGACAAACUCAAUGUCCCGUGUGAAAGUGUCGUGCUCUUCGGAGCACUGGAGUGGGUCAAGUACGAUUUGACCAAUCGGCUCACAAAUCUUGAAGAAUUAUUGACCCAUGUCCGAUUUCCUUUGAUGACUCGCAAAUUUUUGAUGGACACGGCCGCUAGAGAGGAGCUUAUCAUGAGCAGUUCAACUUGCCGACAAUUUGUUCUUGAGGCGAUAGAUUAUCACUUGAUCCCUGAGCGAAGGACAAAGAACCGAAUCACGCGGUCGAUCCCGCGGGAAAGGCUCAGCCGUUUGCUUUAUGUGGUUGGCGGUGAAGAAAACCGCAAAGUUCUAAAUAACGUGGAGUACUUUGACUUCAAUGAGAAGAAAUGGCGCGUCAUUGCACCUAUGAUCAUUCCGCGAAAGUUUGCUGGCUCAGUGAUACUCGAUGGUCAGUUGUAUGCCGUUGGUGGAAUUAACAGGGAGUACGCUGACCUGGUGACCGUCGAAAGUUAUAAUCCUUGUGUGGGGCAAUGGACUUCUGUCGCGUCACUCAAUAAAUGCAAAGGUGCUUUAGCAGUGUCCGUUCUGGAGGGUUGGCUGUACGCUGCUGGAGGAUCCCACAAUGGUUCUGCUCUCAAGAGCGUAGAGCGUUACGAUCCGAUCAAAAACGAAUGGACCCAGGUAGCCAAUAUGCGCCUUCCUAGAAGCCACUUUGGAAUGGCACCUCUGCAAGGGCGCCUGUACGCUGUUGGCGGAUACUGUGGGAUUUCCGAAAUUGAGCAUGUGGAGUGUUAUGAUCCAAUGACAAAUAAGUGGUCCGAUAUGAGCAGUAUGAACAAGUCCCGGAUGAAUCACGCCGUGGUGACAUUCAGUGAUCGUAUUUACGUUGUGGGGGGCAGUAACAGUAUUGGAAUCCUGGAUUCCAUAGAGAAGUACAAUCCUGACUUGAAUCUAUGGCUGAUUAUCCGCAACACAAUGGAUCCACGCAGCGGAGCUGGAGCCGCUGUGGUGUUGGGUGGAGAAGAGGGUGCGCAAGAACUUUUUAUCAUUGGUGGUCACGACACCAACAGUAGAGAUACGAAUUCCGUGAAAAAACUGAAUCUGAAGUUUGCUGAUUACUCGACAGCAAAUGCACCAUGCAUGAAUUAUCCUCGAGUACACGCUGCCGUAGCGUGCGCUUAGCAUCUCAACGUCCGUUAAUAGGGGCGUAUAUGAGAUCUUGCAGAAAGGGGAAGGUGGCCCCUACCUGCUACCUCAUUUAGAAUCUGCCGGCGAUUUUUUGUAGUUCUACUGGCACAAUCUUUUGCGCUUCGAGAUGAAUGGGAACCAAAGCAAUGUCUGCGAUUUUCUCUUUAAUUCAGGUCAUAAACAAUGAAAGACAUCCAACCAUUUCAAAGUGUCGAGUCAAAUCAAGUGUAGAGUCAUACAGAGAUAUACACGAUGUACAGAUAUCUCUAGUGAUUUUACUCAAGGUUAUAGUUCUGCAGUGUCUUAAUUUACAGAAAACUCCAAAUGCCAGUGGAGCGGCAGAUAGUAACUGUGCCAAAACGAAUACAUUCAAUUUAUCAUUACGUCUAUUACUGACGAACACAAGCACUUUUAACCAUCGAUGUUCACCAAUGAAGAAAGAGAUAACCGACUCCUUUACAAAAAAGUCCGAAGGCCUAGGUAUUAGGGAAAUUGUUUUAAAUUGGGAGGUUGGUACUUUUCCAUGCCAAACAUAAUCCUAACAAAAAAGAAAGAGCAUUUUGUAAGAAAACAUAGGGUCGUCUGGGUACAUUGAUUUGGAACAAGUAUUAUAGGUUUGACUAACUACUCUUCAUCCCGAAUUCGAAUACUAAAAGCCUUUAAAGUGCCUAUAACCCCCAAAAAAAUUCUUGACCAUAUUAAAUCUCUCUUUUGCACUGAGCAAAAUGCUGCAAAAUGCCGCAAAAAUUUUUGUGUUUAGUUAAAACCCCGAAUUUUUAUGAAUUUUCAAAGUCGUGGAAAGUCGCAUGUUUUCAAAACACGACCUAGGCACGGAAUUAUCAAGAUGGGUCUGGGUCGAGCACAGUUUGUGACGUCAUUCAAGUUUGCUUCAAGGACUGGAUGAAGUAUCUUGACGGAUAUGCCUGAUAAGUGCUUUGUUUUCGGGUGUAGCAACACUCCCAACAAAGAAAAAAGAAUAGCACUUCAUCCGAUACCUUUAUAUGGCGCAGAUGACCCGGAGCUUAAAAAAAAAUAAAAGUGGGUUGACUUUGUGCAAUUGAAGCGUGCACAUUGGAAGCCCACAAAAUACUCGGCCAUGUGUUCCAAUCACUUCCGAGAAGAAGAUUAUUCAGUCAUGUUUUCUGCUCUGACUAAUAAGACUAUGCAACGAAGGUUGCGAAAAAAUGGAGUUGGAAUUUGCGCCUUUCCGACUGAUCAUGCGUGGAAUGUCGGAGGAAACGAAAUCAGCUGAAAGCGAGCGAAGAGAAAGGUGAGAAAAAUUUACCAGAUCAGGCUUCAACGAAGGUUUCAUCUCGUUGGGAACUUAUAAUAUUGACUGAGAUUGGAUCGGAGCCCCACUGCCGAUGGCGUGGAAUGACAUCACUGGCCCCAGUCUCUGGUUCACUCGGUCGUUCGAAAACUAAACUCGACUUUGAAAAAUCAUAAAAAGUCGCGGUUUUAACCAAACACAAAAAUUUUUGCGGCAUUUUGUUCAGCGCAAUAGAGAUUUAACACGGCCAAAAAAUUUUUGGGGUUAUAGGCACUUUAACAGCGACGUUACCUCAGCAUAUGGUCCCGAGUGUAUGGCCCCAAUUAUGUUCACUCACUGGAAUAAAAGAAUUUCAUUCAUUUAACAUCUCUUUGAGGGGCAACAGGACCAAAGCCAAAGCUUGACUGACGGAGUAAAGGCCAAAAGAGCCAGUUCACGGGUCACCAAAAUAAAUGGUUUGGAUUUCUUAUUUUUUUUUACAAAUGAAUAGUGUGCAUUUCAAAUUCAUCAAAAUAAUUUAUGGGUGCAAAUAUUUCAUCUGCAAAGUGAUGACUACAAAGAUUACUCUUGCAAUUCUAGGAAGUGCUAAUAAGCUGGGGUAGUUUUAAGCGUGAAUAUCAAUUUUGUGGAUGAAAAAAUUAAAAAAAAAAAAUUUACAAGGAUAGGCAUGACAGUAUAUACAUCUAAAAAUAAAGGAAAUAAAAUAAUUCACUACUUAUAAUUGAUACCCCCAAUGCACACCAUUGUUUGAAAUAAAUUAAGAGACAAAAAAUAUAAUUAUGUAUUUGGGAACUUUAUUGCUUUUAAAAUUUACCAAUAAAAGACUAUCGGUACUU